UAUACAUUUCUAUAGUAGCCAAUUUUACAAUAAUCUUUUAAUAUUUGUCAACAUCACAGUUGACUAAAAGUGACGCCUCUCCAUAGACCAAAACCGGAAUUUCUACAUUAUUUGUAGACAACAGAAUGCAAUUGUAGCAGCACAUAAAACACUGAUUUUGCAAACCUCAUUCUGGCCAUGGCACUGCAUUCUAACCCUUCUGACUUCUGUACUCGUACAUUGCCACAAGGGAAAAUACAAUUGAAAGGAAGGAGAGGAGGAGCGCCGCCGCCGCCUGUCAUGGUAAAAACAGCCGACAGCUUCAGUGGGCGCACUGACAGCAUGACAGGAGACAGCGAGAGCAAGUUGGACAAUCAAGCCGAAAAUGAGAAUGUUGUCAGGCAACCUUUUCUCAUCGGGGUGGCCGGCGGCACAGCCAGUGGCAAGUCAUCUGUUUGUGGAAAGAUAAUGGAGCUUCUUGGACAGAAUAAAAUCGACCAUCAUCACAGGCAGGUGGUCAUCCUUAGCCAGGACAGUUUCUACAGGGUACUCACCCCUGAUCAGAAGUCCAAGGCUCUAAAAGGACAAUUCAACUUUGAUCACCCAGAUGCCUUUGAUAAUGAGUUGAUAGUCAAAACCCUGUGCGAUAUUAUGGACGGAAGAACCGUCCAAAUUCCAGUCUAUGACUUUGUUACCCAUUCAAGAAAGGAGGAGACAGUCACGGUGUAUCCAGCAGAUGUGGUUUUAUUUGAAGGAAUCCUCAUGUUUUACUCGCAAGAAAUCCGAGAUCUGUUUCAGAUGAAGCUGUUUGUGGACACGGACGCAGAUACAAGAUUGUCACGCAGAGUCCUGAGAGACAUCAGUGAAAGGGGCCGUGACCUAGAACAAGUGCUCAGCCAAUACAUAACAUUUGUCAAGCCUGCCUUUGAGGAGUUCUGUCUGCCAACGAAAAAGUAUGCUGAUGUGAUCAUUCCAAGGGGAGCUGAUAAUAUGGUUGCCAUAAAUUUAAUAGUGCAGCACAUUCAGGAUAUUCUGAAUGGUGGCUUAACCAAACGCUUGAACGGCUACCUCAACGGCCACAACACACCUCGUAAACGGCAUCCCUCAGAGUCCAGCAGCAGGCCACACUGACCAGCCCUCUCACAAGAAGUAGAGGAAUGCAAGAGGAAAAGAGUGUUUGAAAGAGGGAUGCAAAUGGACUGGCUGGAUGAAAUGAACGAUUGCUUGUGCGUUCUGUUUAAUAGCCAACACUGUAUUCAAGACAUAAAGAGAAAGAGAAUCUCAAAGACUGCCUUUUUAUUUCCUAUUGCUUCCUACUUUUUGGACUGGCUCCGAUUGAUGUUUUAGGAGUUUAGAGUUCGGGGAUACUUAAAGGUCGAUAUUGAUUUUUCUUCAGUAUUUAUUUCAGUAUUUUUUUGUAACUAUUUGCUGGUGUGUUUGUUGGUUAAAUGGGGAGGGUAUAAGAUUGGACUAUUACAUGACUCCAUGCUAAAAAGGAUUGAGAUUUACUUGCAUUAUUUUUUUAUGUUGUAAUAUUAUUUUCAACUGUUACUGCCCUAUCAUUUGCAAGCAUUUAUUUUAUAAGUUUUAUGAUCGAACUUUGAUUUUUUCAUCACUGAAAAACAUAUCACAGGCCAAAGACGAUUGGAGUUUUGAAACCCCUUCUGUUUUACUUUUUGCUUGGCAGUGAUGUGUGUUAGUGGUGUGUCAAUUUUUUUACACGUCCCUCUAAAAACAGUGUUUAUGGCAGAAAGAUAACUGUUACUUCCUCAGUUUCACUUGAACAAUUCAGGAAGUGUUGCUGAGUCACAACAGACCACUCAGGGUGUAGUUAUUAUAAUGGAAAACAACUUGUCCUGUAUUCUAAAAGGGAAUGAGACGCAAUUUCGGAUGAUUCAAACAAAACAUAUCAAGUUGAGAGAGUGCUUUAUUGAUUAAAUAUCCACCUCAAGUAGCUCGUUUAAUAAGUUACACAUAUCUUGCGCACUUCAUAAUUCCAGAAGUGCUGCCGGGUGGCAAAGUUGAGAUGCUGAUUCAAUUCUUGCCCCCUGGAAUAAUAACAUGUGCCAGUCAAUGAUUUGAGCUAGUUGUUGAGAGAUUUCUGUUUAUGUACUAUGCACUGUACCCUUAACUCUAAUAAUGCAUUUUGACACUCAGUUUAUGACACUCUUUCAUUAGAGUGGAAUUUGGAGAAAGAAGUUUGACGUUUACUUGAAAUGUAUACUUUUCUCAGAGUCUCUUGUCCAUUGUCUCUACUUGCAAUUUUCCAAUGUCUCCUCCAUGGUUUUUAUUUUUAAAUGAUUUACCACCUCGCCACCUGUAAAAUAUACACCAUGAUGCAAACUUGGUCAGUAUUUGAUUAAACUAAUUUAGUAUUUUUUAACCAUUCACAAUUAAAGUUGCUUGAUAUACAUUAUACAUGCAAUGCUUAUUUUACCCUGUAGCUGAACAUAUCUGAUUGCAGAGGUACAAAAAAGUAUUUUCAUUUAACUCCGCUCCAACAUUCAGGGACAUGGGUUGUAAAAUGCCCAACCGUUGACCCAGGGUUUUCACUUAAACAAUUUGACAGUGACUCCUGUAUCUCUUUCCUUUGAUCUUGAAAUUUUUAACUUUGUGUAAUGUUCACACAGAAAUGGGUUAAUCAUUCAUUUAAGGACUGCUCAUAUUCAGUCCCAUUAUUUUGCACUUCACUAUGUUGUACUUAUUUUCUACCUAGCUGAAAUCUUUUUCUUCUGUAUUGCUGCUAUGAAACAGGGUGACUCAUUUGCCAUCCAGUGUAAAAACUGUUAUGAAUAUAUUUGGUUUUUGACAUAAGAGUAAACUCAUUAAGAUUAUUCCUUUUAAUCAUAAUCAUCUUUUAUCUGGGCAACAUGCAAAAAUAUCAAAUUUUGUGACUUGAAUGCUUGUAUUGACCCCUGGGCUAUUUGUUGGCAGCAGUUAUAUAAAUAAUUAUUUUGUGUCCAGUCCUCAGUCUUUUUUUUGCUACAGUCAUAUACAUUUGUGCUUUAUUUACAUUUGAAAUGACUUAAUGUUUUGACAUUUAAGACCAAUGCAACACAUUUUAUGUCUUGGUUUAAUGUGAUCACUUUCACUGUGUACUUUUCUAAGUUGAAAUUAGAAACUAUUCAAUUUAUUUAAAAUGUUAAAUCCCUUGGAAAAUGUUACAUGGCUUGGCUACAUUUUUGUUAAUAUUACAUUUCUUAACAAUACUUUGGUGGGUUAAGGAAACACCCAACACAACUGAGAUUUUCAGACAUCUCUUCCACCAUCAGAGAGGGUUUGGGCACAUCAGCACAGAUUUAAACACCAGCUUUUGAACUUUUCACAAAACUCAGCCCUCAAUACAAUCAUGGUUUCACAACUAUCAUCUCUGUCUUAACUCGCACACACUGUUAUCCUACUUGACUCAAAUGAUGCAAAUAUAGUACAUUUUUUUACUGAAUUGUUUAGGAUUUAAGCUGAUGUGGAAUCAAUUUGUUGGGUCCAACAAUACUGUCUGUAAAUAUAGUAAAUAUUGCUUUAAUCAGAACAUGUGAUAACCUCUGUGUUUAUUAAUUUGUCUUGGUUUUUCAGAGAAACUUGUCUGGAAGAGUUGGUUGUCCUUGUUACUUUGGGGUGGGUUCAGCAUGAUGGACCAUAAUAUGUUUUUUUAUUAAUGAUGCCUUUAAGUUGUGAUACUUGCAAAGAGGGUGCUAAAUGGAAAGAAAGACAAAGACAAACUGACCGCUGAAUUGUUUUCAUUUAUGAAAUUGUUGCAUGCUCAAAACAAGUUGGACCAAACGGUGGCAGCAAGGCUUUAAAACAUUUUCUGUGACAUUGUGUCAAGGAGUAUUAACAACACUUCAUUUGAAAAUAUUUAACGCUAGAAGCUGGAGAAAUAGAUGGACUCUUGUGUUCCCUUUUAAGUGUCCCUGUGGUUUAAUAAAUCCAUAAUAUCUGAAUCAUCAUGUAAAUGUGUAAACAGUUGCAGAAAGUUGUAUAACAGAGUGAUUGACAGCAAAGCUGAAUAAAAGUUUUUGUACUGA